AGCUCAGACCUUCGCCCCCAUUUUGGGUUUCAAUUUUUUUUUUUUUUGCCGCCAAACCUCAAAUUUUAUCUUGUUCCUCUCCCCUUCCUCACAGUCACAGCUCUUUUCAAACAACAAUUGUCAAUAGUGUGCUGCUUUGUAGAUAUAUAGUCUUGUUUUAGAUAUAUAUAUUCCGCACACUGUUUGUUUUUAACUAGUUGGAUUUACAGUACUCGUGUUAUCUCGUGUACUCGUUCUCUGCUUUCACCACCUGAGAUCGCCACUUCUUCGACCUCCCAACAUCUUCACCACUUCUCCUUCUCUUUUUCUUCACACAUCGCAGCAAUGGUCUCAGCAUCCAAGGCUAAGCGCGACGCCAAGCGCGCCGAGAAGAAGCCCAAGAACAAAGACGUCUCGGACGCAGACGCAGCGGCAGACGCUAUCGCAAAGAUGACCCUCCAGGUCGACAAGCAUGGACUGUCCGACAGAGUCACGACUGGUGUCUUGGCUAGUAUGGCUACAAGUCGCGAUGUCAAGAUCACAUCCUGCUCGCUCUUGUAUCACGGAAAGGUCCUUAUCCAGGACUCGACCCUCGAACUCAACUACGGCCGCAGAUACGGUCUCUUGGGUGAGAACGGUUGCGGAAAGUCGACCUUCUUGCGCGCCAUCGCGGCCAGAGAAUACCCCAUUCCCGAGCAGAUUGACAUCUACCUCCUGAACGAGCCCGCCGCUGCCACCGAAUUCUCUGCGCUCGAGUACGUCGUCCGCGAGGCCGAGGCCGAGCUCAAGCGUCUCGAGGACAUGGCCGAGGAGCUUCUUGACCGCGACGGUCCCGAGUCGCAGGUUCUCGAGGAGCUCUACGAGCGUAUCGAGAGCAUGGACCCGUCUACCUUCGAGGUGCGCGCGUCGCUCAUCCUCCGCGGUCUUGGAUUCACCAACAUCACGAUCAAGAAGAAGACCAAGGACAUGUCUGGAGGCUGGCGUAUGCGUGUUGCGCUCGCCAAGGCGUUGUUCGUCAAGCCUAGCUUGCUCUUGCUCGACGAUCCCACCGCGCACUUGGAUCUCGAGGCCUGUGUGUGGCUCGAGGAGUACCUCAAGCGGUUCGACCGAAUCCUCGUGCUUGUCUCGCACUCGCAAGAUUUCUUGAACGGUGUCUGUACCAACAUGAUCGACAUGAGACUCAAGAAGCUCACCAUCUUCGGAGGAAACUACGACUCGUACGUCAAGACCCGAGCAGAGUUGGAGACCAACCAGAUGAAGGCCUACAACAAGCAGCAGGAGGAAAUCGCGCACAUCAAGAAGUUCAUCGCGUCGGCUGGUACCUACGCCAACUUGGUCCGUCAGGCCAAGUCGCGCCAGAAAAUCCUCGACAAGAUGGAGGCCGACGGAUUCAUCGAGAAGGUCGUGCCCGACAAGGUCUUUUCCUUCCGCUUCGCCGACGUCGAGAAGCUUCCUCCUCCCGUGCUCUCGUUCGACGACGUCACGUUCUCGUACUCUGGCAACUCGGAGGACAACCUCUACGAGCACCUCGACUUUGGUGUGGACAUGGACUCGCGUAUCGCGCUCGUCGGCCCGAACGGCGUCGGCAAGUCCACGCUGCUCAAGAUCAUGACCGGCGAGCUCUCGCCCACGAACGGCCGCGUCUCGCGACACACGCACUUGAAGCUCGGCGUGUACUCGCAGCACUCGACCGACCAGCUCGACCUGACCAAGAACUCGCUCGACUUUGUGCGCGACAAGUACUCGUCGAUCUCGCAGGACUACCAGUACUGGCGCCAGCAGCUCGGCCGCUUCGGUCUUACUGGUGAGGGUCAGACCGCUACGAUGGCCACUCUUUCCGAGGGACAGCGUUCGCGAGUCGUGUUUGCUCUGCUUGCGAUCGAGAAGCCAAACAUCUUGUUGCUCGACGAGCCUACCAACGGACUCGAUAUCCCGACCAUCGACUCUCUUGCCGACGCCAUCAACGCGUUCGAGGGCGGUGUCGUCGUCGUCUCGCACGAUUUCAGACUCUUGGACAAGAUCGCAAAGGAUAUCUACGUCUGCCAGAACAGGACCACCACCCGGUGGGACGGCUCGAUUCUGCAGUACAAGGCCAGUUUGGCCAAGAACAUUGUCAUGUAGGCUCCUACUCCUGUUUAUCCCGGUUGCAGUAUUGUUUUUCGUGUUUUUGUAGAGUGUUUUUGUGCUCUUUUAGGUGAUUAUAGUAAAGGAUUCUUGCAAUAGAAUAACAUCAAGAACCUAUGUUUGUUUUCGUUUGGUUUGAUCAGGAAAUGGGAAAGCUAAAGCAAAACUCUGUGAAAGAAAAUAGGAGAGGUUUUAGAACAUUACUUUCUUUAUAUUUUAUUGGAAAUGGGAUUGUUAUCUGCUUUUUAUUAUUUUAUUUUAUUUACUUUGCUUUUGAGUGUUUUUGUUACAACUUUUCAUCAUGUGGGUCUCGGUCGGCUUGGGUCGGUUGGAAUGUGUAUAAAGAUUUAAAAGCAAAAAUCGAAGUUAUAUAUAAAUCUAGAA